AUGCCACAAAUCCAAGACAACAUGGAGAUCCUUAGUAACUUCACAUCUACAUUUCCAACCUUCUUGUUGACCGGCAUUCCAGGCUUGGAAUCUGUCCAUGGCUGGAUCUCCAUUCCCUUCUGUUGUCUCUAUGCCAUUGCCCUUACUGGGAACAGCAUGAUCCUGUUUGUCAUCAUCACCCAGCAGAGUCUGCAUGAGCCCAUGUACUAUUUCCUCUCCAUGCUGUCAGCCACUGACCUGGGCUUGACUGUGUCUACAAUGUCAACAACAUUAGCUAUCCUCUGGUUUGAUGCAAGACAAAUCAGUCUAGAUUCCUGCAUUAUCCAGAUGUUUUUUCUUCAUGGAUUUUCUUCCAUGGAAUCUGGAGUGCUGGUGGCCAUGGCCUUCGACCGCUAUGUGGCCAUCUGUGACCCUCUCAGGUACACUACCAUUCUCACUAAUCCCAGAAUCAUUCAGAUGUAUCUAAUAAUCAGUGCACGCACUGUAAUAUUGAUAGUGAUCGUACUCUUGCUCCUUAAGCGUGUCUCUUUCUGCAGAAAGAAUCUCCUUUCCCACUCCUAUUGCUACCACCCAGAUGUGAUUAAAUUAGCAUGCUCAGAUACUCGGGUCAACAGCAUCUUUGGAUUAAUUGGUCUCAUCCUGAACACAGGAAUAGAUAUACCAGGUAUUGUUGUUUCUUAUAUCUUGAUCAUUCGCUCUGUUCUCAGAAUUGCCUCCCCUGAAGAACAACACAAGACCUUUAGCACCUGUGUCUCCCACAUUGGAGCAGUUGCUACUUUCUACAUCCCCCUGAUAAGUCUGUCCUUGGUGCAUCGCUAUGCUCAUUCAGCCCCCAAAGUGGUCCAUUCAAUGAUGUCCAAUAUAUACCUGAUUUUGCCCCCUGUGAUCAACCCCAUCAUCUAUAGUGUAAAGACAAAACAGAUUCGCAAAGCUAUAUUCAGUACUCUCCUUCCAAAUAAACAGUGA